GACAGUGUGUGAGCCAGCCCGCCAGUCAGUGUGAGUGUGUGAGCCAUGUUGGAUGUGAAUGAACAAGAGGAGAGAUGCUGCCGCCGUCGCGCCGAUCCUAACGCUCACGCCUCCAGCUCCACGGAGCACAGUGGGUAGAUGCCAACUCUCCAGGCCGGCAGAGAGACGGGGGAGCCUGGGGGAAGGUGUCGGGCGGUGCUGGCGGUCCUGGAAGUGGCCACCUAGCCGGAGCGGAACGAGGGUGGAGAUAAGUAAGGUGGAGACGUGGAGAAGUGGAAGUGGAAGCGCGCACUCUGGAGAGAAAGGUAGAGGAUAGUCUGAAGUGGAGAAGGGAGAAAGGAGGGGAGGGAUACGGAGAAAGGAAGAGACUAAAUGGCUGCACCUAUAACGGGCUUCACCCCGCUCCUGCUCUCGUCUCUGGCGCUCCACCUGCUUCUCCUCGGUCCUUUGUUAGCCCUCACCCCGGGGACGGUGAACACAGGAGAGGCUUCAAGCAGAAGGACCCCUGCCCUCAGCUACCGAGUCGCCGGUGAAGUAAACCACCACCACCAGCAGCAGCAGCAGCAUCGGUGUGGGGAAGCAGGCGGAUUACCGAGGGGCAGCUGGGAUCUCCGCUGGAGCAGGUGGACUGUAGUGCGGAUACAGAGAGAGGAAUGCACCGGAGCGCAGCGCGCAGGAGGGACCCUGGGAGGAGAUCAACUGGAUGGGGCACGGAAAGAGAGACUGAGAGGAUUACAACGCUCUCGGGCUCAUUUACUACCAGCUUUUACUCUUCGCCUCCCCAGCAUCAGGAGCAUCUCUACCUCUGAUGGCUUCGGCGCUGCAGAGGGUGUGGAGAGAGGCGAGAUGGGGAGAAAGGGCGUUGUUUCACCUCCCGCUUCACCUGCCUUUACCUCUUUGCCGGCUCAAAACGGCAAGAAAAGGGCAGUACAAAGGACUAAAACGUGCGCGCAACGGUGGUCGGCGCCGAGGCCACACCUCGUCCAACGUGGUGCUGACAGAGCCUUUGUGCACGCCUCCGGACCGCGCAGCUCACCCGGAAGUUGCGAGAGGAGAGGGGGAAAGGUGUGCAGAGGGGCUCCUGAGGUGAAGAGACUCUCAGCACCACGGCGUGUCCGCUGUCUAAUCCCUAACAAGCAACACAUCCUUUCAGCCAACAAGCCUUCACUUGGCUCCUUUACAGCCGCUCCCUCCUGGUGCAAUCAUCCUAUUUCUGGAUGCAGUUUACCUCAUACUGACGCUUCAGAUGACAUCUUCAGAUGUUACACAGUUUGCAUCAUUUCAGACUGUGUCAGAGCAACAAAACUGGACUGCAUCUGUCAGUUUCCAACUUUUAAUCUCUGCAACAAUGGCUGCAUUUAUAAAACCAAUCAGCAACCAGUUUGCAGGAAAAGCAGCAGCAAGAUGGCUUGGGAUGCCAAUGGGAACUCAGCUAGUGUGGGGAGGAGGGCUGGUGAUUGUUCUUAUUUAAGGAGGCACAAUGUUAUCAAUCUAAACAGGAGCAGAGAGAGGGGUGAGGAUGGAAUGGCUUGGUCAAUGACAAGAGGAGGGGCUUUCUUAGAUAGUUUCCUUUUUUGUUGUGGGUUUGCAAAACCCAAGCCUGCCAGAAUUACAACUGAAGGGAGGGGUGAUGGCAUGGAUGGAAAUGAUCUCAGAGGAGGAAGGGGGGUUGACCACGUCAACAAACACGUUAACUUGUCUAAUUACCCGGAUAAUGAUUUAGUUUUUCCGUCUCCGACACGGGGGAAAUCAGUGCCUGCAUCCAGGCAGCAGAGCAGUCAAACCCUGGGAGGAAGGAGGGAGGUUACCGGUGGUUGCUUUAGCUGUUUGGGCCGAAAAGAAAUGGGGGCGGCUCUCUUUAUGACCCCCAUGGGAGGCAUGGCUCAGAUGAAUCUCCUCAUCCAAUUUGCACUCAACAGCAUUGCAGAGAUGCGAGGCAGACAGGUUUUACCCAACAAAAGAGCCAUUACGCCACUCGUUCAGACAGAUGUAGAUCAUUUUUCAGUGAGAGUUAAACAAGCUGAAAAGCUCCAUAUGUGUGCUCGAAGAGUGAAGGAAACUUCAGAGGCUGAGUCUACCGGUGACUCAGGCCUUUUCUUGCCUGCUAAGUUUCCCGUUACAUCUCCUUGUGCUGUGUCUGCCACAUCUCACUCUGCUGCUGAAGAUAAUCCCUUUCUCCCUAUGCAGCCUAAUCACCCAUUAGUAAAGAACGUCUUGUUUUUCUCGCAAGUUAAUGUGACAACUCAGCAGGAUAAAACCUUGCUUCACUCAUCCUCUGCAGAGGAGGUAGUUUCAGCACCAAAAGAAGCUCUACAUGUGCUUUUGUGGAGCAAAUUCAACACUAACAGCAAUAACAACAACGAAAAGAAAGAAAAAAAUGAGAGUAAUGGUCAGGAAUCUGAUAUUGGAAAAUCCUCGUGGCAUAGCGAGAUGCAACAAGGGGAUCUUGGGUGCACUGAAAGUAUUUCCAACGACUGCUCAGCUACUGAGCAAGGUGAAAGCACACAUAUGCAAUUAAAAUCCGGUGAUCAAGAGCCAUUAGAGCCCAAAGGUGUCAGACAGUCAGAUAGGCAGCAGAUGGGGACUGGAGAAGAAAGAGAGAGGAGUGCUGAAAGGGAGGGAGAGAGCUCGGAGGGGUCCGCUGCUGUUGCUGAUGCUGUUUGGGGAGGAAAAUUACAGGUGGGGGAGGGCGAGACGAGGCUGAUGGGAGGCAAGGAACCACGUGCAGAAGAGGAAGAGGAGGUGUGGGAGAAGGAAAGGGUAAAGGGAGUAACAAAGACUGGCCAGAAAGAAAGUGAAGAAAAGAGAGGAUUGGGUCGGUAUAGGGGCAGCAGCACCUCAACCAUCACACAAUUUGAUCGCAAUAGGGGGAAGAGAGAAACCCAAGCAGAUGAAAGCCACCAGGGAGCUGAGGGGGAUGAGGUCGAGUGGGAGAAAAGACACACUUCAAGGGGAGAGAGGAGCCUGGAACGCCUGAUAAUAGUGGCAGAUGAUGAUAGCUCUCAGGGAGAAAAGGCAAGGAGGAUUUUGAUGCCAUGGUCUCGUUCCAGACGUGCAGCCAAUAGACACCCUCAUUUCUCGCUGUAUAACUACCAAGUCCAGGUGGCAGAGAACCAGCCACCAGGCACCUCUGUCAUUAUAAUGUCAGCCACAGACCCUGAUGGAGGUGAUGCAGGCCGGGUGAGCUACACAAUGGCCCCACUGAUGAAUAGUCGAUCAUCUGACUAUUUUCACAUCCAUCCAGACACAGGCCUCAUCACUAGCACUCAGAUUCUGGACAGAGAACACAUGGAUCUACAUUACUUCCGGGUCACAGCAACAGAUCACGGAUCCCCUCGGCUCUCUGGGACCACAAUGUUAGCCAUUACUGUUUCAGACCGUAACGAUCAUUCACCUAUAUUUGAACAGUCAGAGUACAGAGAGACAAUUAGGGAGAACGUGGAAGAAGGUUAUCCAAUUUUACAGUUGAGAGCAACGGAUUCAGACUCUCCAUCCAAUGCCAAUAUCCGUUACCGUUUUAUCGGCGAUUCUGCUGCAAUAGCACGAGCUGCUUUCGAGAUUGACCCACGUUCAGGACUAAUUACAACCAGAGGAUCUGUGGAUAGAGAAACAAAUGAACAUUACACUCUUCAGGUGGAGGCCAGUGACCAGGGGAAGGAUCCAGGUCCACGCUCUGCCACUGUCAAAGUUUAUAUAACCGUUCUGGAUGAAAAUGACAAUGUACCACAGUUCAGCGAAAAGCGCUACGUGGUGGCAGUGAAGGAGGAUGUUCGACCUCACUCUGAGAUCCUACGUGUGAGUGCUACAGACAGGGACAAGGACAGCAAUGCUGCUGUUCACUAUAAUAUCAUCAGUGGUAAUAGUCGUGGACAGUUUUCCAUUGAUAGUGUAACAGGUGAAAUUCAGGUGGUGGCACCACUGGACUAUGAAUCUGAGCGGGAGUAUACACUCCGUGUUCGUGCUCAGGACAAUGGCCGGCCACCUCUCUCCAACAAUACUGGAAUUGUGAGUGUGCAAGUGACCGAUGUCAAUGAUAACCCUCCUAUCUUUGUAUCCACACCAUUCCAAGCAUCUGUACUUGAGAGUGCCCCAGUUGGUAGUUCAAUCCUCCACAUCCAGGCUAUAGAUACAGAUUCAGCUGAUAAUGCUCGGCUGGAGUACAGGCUGACUGGGACUGGCUCAGACACACCCUUUGUCAUCAACUCCGCAACAGGCUGGGUCACUGUCAGCUCGAUUCUCGACAGGGAGUCUGUGGAACACUAUUUCUUCGGUGUGGAGGCCAGAGAUUAUGGCAUGCCACCUCUCUCUGCUACAGCGAGUGUCACCAUUACAGUCAUGGAUGUUAAUGACAAUCGCCCCGAGUUCCUCCAAAAGGAGUAUUAUUCCCGCCUGAAUGAGGAUGCAGCCGUUGGCACCAGUGUAGUGACUGUCACGGCUGUGGAUAGAGAUGUAAACAGUGCAGUGACUUAUCAGAUCACAGGCGGAAACACCAGAAACCGUUUUGCUAUCAGCACAGCAGGAGGAGCGGGGCUUCUCUCCUUAGCUCUACCACUGGACUAUAAACAGGAGCGCCGUUAUGUUCUAACUGUCACUGCCUCAGAUCGAACACUCCAUGACACUUGCCAGGUGCACAUAAACAUUACUGAUGCCAACACGCACCGACCUGUUUUCCAGAGUGCCCAUUACUCUGUCAGCGUGAACGAGGACAGGCCACCAGGAAGUACAGUGGUUGUGAUUAGCGCUACAGAUGACGAUGUAGGAGAAAAUGCUCGGAUCACGUACUUUCUUGAAGACAACAUCCCCCAGUUCCGCAUUGAUCCGGCAACAGGAGCAAUCACACUCCAGGCAGAGCUUGACUAUGAGGACCAAAUGACCUACACUUUAGCUAUCACAGCGAAAGACAAUGGCAUACCACAGAAAUCUGACACAACAUAUGUUGAGGUGAACGUGAAUGACGUGAAUGACAAUGCACCUCAGUUCCUCAGUCCCAGAUAUCAGGGGACAGUGAGUGAAGAUGCUCCCCCCUUCACUAGUGUCCUGCAGAUCUCCGCCACUGACCGUGACGCACAUGCCAAUGGCCGGGUUCAGUACACUUUUCAAAAUGGUGAGGAUGGAGAUGGAGAUUUUACCAUUGAACCCACUUCUGGCAUUGUACGAACUGUUCGCCGUCUGGAUCGGGAGAGUGUGCCAUUUUACGAGCUCACAGCCUAUGCCGUGGAUCGUGGGGUGCCCCCUCAAAGAACACCUGUCCACAUCCAGGUGACAGUUCUUGAUGUAAAUGACAACGCUCCUGUCUUCCCUGCUGACGAUUUUGAGGUAUUGGUUAAGGAAAAUAGCGCUGUGGGGUCUGUGGUAGCCCAGAUUACUGCCACUGACCCUGAUGAGGGUGCUAAUGCUCAGAUCAUGUACCAAAUUGUUGAGGGCAAUAUCCCUGAGAUCUUUCAGAUGGACAUCUUUUCAGGAGAGCUCACCUCACUCAUUGAUCUUGACUAUGAGGCUCGCAAUGAAUACGUUAUUGUAGUCCAGGCCACAUCAGCACCUCUAGUGAGCAGGGCUACCAUCAGAAUCCGUUUGGUGGACCAGAACGACAAUCGGCCGACCCUGCAAGACUUUCAAAUCAUUUUCAACAACUUUGUUUCCAAUCGGUCCAACAGUUUCCCCAGUGGGGUGAUUGGCAGGGUACCAGCCCAUGACCCUGAUGUGUCUGACAGGCUGUACUACACCAUCGACAGGGGCAAUGAGCUUCACCUUCUGCUCCUGAAUCACACCAGCGGAGAGAUUCGACUGAGCCGAAAACUGGAUAACAACAGGCCCCUGGUAGCUCCCAUGCUGAUCACUGUCACAGUGUCCCAGGAGCACUUCCUCUCCCCGCUGCUGGGCAACUUCCUGGAGGGUGUGUCCGCCGUCCUCUCUGUGCCCGUCGAGGACGUUUUCAUCUUCAACAUCCAGCCGGACUUGGACGCGACACCGGGACGCAUCCUGAACGUCAGCUUCUCCGCAGCGUUGCCGGGCGGCCAUUUCUUCCCGUCCGAGACGCUGGAGGAGCAGCUGUAUUUGAACAGGCCCAGGCUGACGUCGCUGACGCAGAUGGAGGUUCUCCCAUUCGAUGACAACGUGUGUUUGCGAGAGCCCUGCCAGAACUACAUGAAGUGCAUCUCAGUGCUGCGCUUCAAUAGUUCUGCGCCCUUCAUCUCGUCGCCUUCCAUCUUGUUCCGGCCGAUCCAUCCCAUUGCCGGCUUGCGGUGCCGGUGCCCUGUGGGCUUCACGGGCGAUUACUGCGAGACGGAGAUCAACCUGUGCUACUCCAACCCCUGCCUGAACGGAGGAGUGUGUGCCCGCAGAGAAGGAGGCUACACCUGCAUCUGCCGUGAAGACUACACCGGUGACCGAUGUGAGUUGGACCGGAGGCAGGGUCGGUGCGUGCCCGGCGUGUGUCGUAACGGAGGGACAUGUCGGGAGCUUUCCGGUGGAGGUUUCCGCUGCGAGUGUCCGCCGGGAGGCUACGAGCGGCCGUACUGCACCGUCACCGCCAGGUCCUUCCCACCCAAAUCCUUUGCGAUGUUCCGGGGCCUCAGGCAGAGAUUUCACCUCUCCAUUUCAUUGAGUUUUGCCACUCUGGAGAAGAGCGGUCUUCUUUUCUACAACGGACGCUUCAAUGAGAAACAUGAUUUCAUCGCACUGGAGAUCCAAGAAGGACAAGUGGUCUUCAAAUAUUCCACAGGUGAGUCGUCCACUCAGGUGAGCCCCUUCCUACUCGGAGGCGUGAGCGACGGAAACUGGCACACGGUUCACGUCCAUUACUACAACAAGCCGGCUACACGCUAUCCCAGACGCAGUUUGAUCGGAGAAGCCCAGGGUCCGUCUGACGAGAAGGUGGCCGUGGUGAGCAUCGACGACUGCGACACGGCUCUCUCGCUUCGCUUCGGUACGCAGCUUGGAAAUUAUAGCUGUGCUGCACAGGGCAAACAGACCAGCAGCAAGAAGUCUCUGGAUCUCACUGGCCCUUUAUUUCUGGGUGGAGUCCCCAAUGUACCUGACAACUUUCCCUUUGGCAGCAGGGAGUUUAUCGGUUGCAUGAAAGACCUGCACAUUGACAGCAAGGCGCUGGAUCUGGCUGGAUUUAUCGCUAACAACGGGACACUUCCAGGUUGCAGUGCCAAACACCCGUUCUGCAAGUCCAACCCGUGUCAGAAUGGGGGAACCUGCCGGGUGAGCUGGGAGACCUUCUCCUGUGAUUGUCCUCUAGGUUACGGAGGGAAGGACUGCAGCUACAUCAUGCCACACCCACAUCGCUUCCUCGGGAACAGCGCCCUCUGGUGGGACCUGAAGAAUGACGUGACCAUCUCCACGCCUUGGUACCUGGGCUUGGUGUUCAGAACCAGAGCAAGAGACGGGACGCUGCUGCAGGCCCAGGCCGGUCAGUACACCAGUCUGCUGUUCCAGGUGAUAAAUGGGCAACUGGUGUUCUCAGUAACCCGCGGCGCCACCAGACCUGUGCGCUUGCGAUUGGAUCAGGUCCAAGUGGCAGAUGGCCGAUGGCACGACGUCCAGCUGGAACUGCGAGACGUCCGCAGCGGCCGAGAGACGCGCUACGUCGCCACGCUGCGGCUCGACUUUGGACUCUAUCAGGGAACAGUGAUUGUGGGAAAUGACAUUCAUGGCUUGAAAGUGAAACACCUGCAUGUCGGAGGAGUGCUGGGCUCUGGCGAAGUCCAGAACGGGAUAAAAGGAUGCAUACAGGGAGUUCGUCUGGGCGUGAGGCCAGAUGCCCCUGCCCUCCCGCGCCCUUCCAGAGUUGUCAAGGUGGAGACUGGCUGUAAUGUCGGAAACCCCUGCGUCUCGUCUCCUUGUCCAGCUCACAGCCGCUGCACCGACGUCUGGGAGCGCCACACCUGUAUCUGUGAACCAGGGUACUACGGGAAGAGCUGCACCGACGCCUGCCACCUGAACCCGUGUGAGAACGAGGCUCAGUGCCACCGGAAGCCGAGUUCUUCCCACGGAUACAUUUGUGACUGUGGAGACAAUCACUACGGGCAGUACUGCCAGCACAGGAUUGACCACCAGUGCCCCAGGGGCUGGUGGGGCUCCCCCACCUGUGGACCAUGUCACUGUGAUAUGAACAAAGGUUUUGACCCCGACUGUAACAAGACCAGUGGACACUGUCACUGCAAGGAGUUUCACUAUCGACCUCGAACCUCUGACACCUGCCUCCCGUGCGACUGCUACCCGGUGGGCUCCUUUUCACGAUCGUGUGAUCCCGAGACGGGCCAGUGCCAGUGCAGGCCUGGCGUGAUUGGCCGCCAGUGCAACAUGUGCGACAACCCUUUCGCUGAAGUCACUAAUUCAGGAUGCGAAGUUAUCUACGAUGGCUGUCCAAAGACCAUCACUCAGGGGAUCUGGUGGCCCCGAACCAAGUUUAACCUUCCCGCUGCCGUCCCCUGCCCCAAAGGCUCUGUUGGCGCAGCAAUCAGACACUGUGAUGUGGAGAGAGGGUGGCUGGAACCCGACCUUUACAACUGCACCUCGCCUCCGUUUGUAGAGCUCAACAUUGCUCUUGAUUCCCUGGAACGUAAUGAGACAGAGCUCAACACCAUCAUGGAGAAGAAGCUUGCUCACCAGCUCAGGGAUGUUACCGAGGCUACCGGCCGGCUCUAUGGCAAUGACCUGCAGAUUGCCGAACGUCUCCUCUCCCGCCUCUUGACAUUUGAGACCCAACAGAGUGGUUUCGGCCUCACCGCCACUCAGGAUGCUCACUUCAAUGAGAACGUCCUGCGAGGCUGCAGCGUGCUGUUGGGUCCCACUACCUCCGGGCUUUGGCGGGCUCUCGCACAAAACCAGAAUCACCUUCUCGGCGGUGGUCCAGCUGAGCUGACGGAGCUGCUGGAGCAGUACUCCAAGAACCUAGCCCAGAACAUGAAGCUUACCUACCUCAACCCUGUGGCCUUGGUCUCCCCCAACAUAGUCAUGAACCUGGACCGCGUGGAGAACCACACCCACGUGCGGCGGCGCUUCCCACGUUAUCAGAAUACCUUGUUCCGUGGUCAAGCUUUGUGGGACCCUUACACUCACGUGAUACUGCCCCCUGCUGCCCUGGUGCCGCAGCGCCAGCAGCAGCAGCAGCAGCACAGCUGGAAAGAGAAGGAGCGCUCAGAGAAAGAACCCUCGUCCCCUCAGAGUGUCGCCUCGGCCCCUGCCAGCAUUUCAGCCAAUCAGACUAAGGAAUACACAGCAGCUAGACGCAGCGUUUCGUUGACUGACCCACCCAUCACCAUCGUCAUCUUGUUGAUCUAUCGAAGCCUCGGGGCCGCGCUGCCUCCAAAGUACCACGCAGACCGGAGAGGAGUGAGGCUUCCCAGACACCCAGUUAUGAACUCCCCGGUGGUGACCAUCUCCGUCUUCAACAACCAGACGUUUGUGGGCGGUCACUUGGACCAGCCCAUACUGCUGGAGUUUAAACUGCUGGAGACGGCCAAUCGCAGCAAGCCUCUGUGUGUGCAGUGGAACCACAGCAGCCCACACGAGAGCGGAGGCUGCUGGACGGUGAGGGACUGUACAGUGGUGUACAGGAACACCUCUCACGUCCGCUGUCAGUGCCAGAGACUGGGCACCUUCGGUGUGCUGAUGGACAGCUCCCAUAGAGAGCAGCUGGAGGGGGAUCUGGAGACGCUGGCCAUGGUGACUUACUCCUCCUUGUGCGUCUCCAUGCUGGCCCUCCUCCUCACUGUCCUGGUGCUGUCUUGCCUCCGGGGCCUGAAGUCCAACACUAGAAGCAUCCACUCGAACACAGCGGCAGCCAUGUUUCUGUCUGAGCUGGUGUACUUACUGGGGGUCAAUCAGACUGAACAACAGUUCUUGUGCACGGUCGUCGCCAUCCUGCUGCAUUACUUCUUCAUGUCAACGUUCGCUUGGAUGUUCGUCGAGGGUCUCCAUAUCUACCGCAUGCAGACUGAACAGCGCAACAUCAACUACGGAGCCAUGAGGUUCUACUAUGCCAUCGGCUGGGGAGUGCCUGCCAUCAUCACAGGCCUGGCUGUCGGUUUGGAUCCUGAAGGUUACGGCAACCCAGAUUUCUGUUGGAUCUCCUUAUAUGACAAACUCAUCUGGAGCUUCGCUGGCCCUGUUGCAAUCGUCUUACUGAUGAAUGGAGGGAUUUUCACAGUUGUAGCCAAGAUGUCCUGUAACCCAUCGCAAAAGGAGACGAAGAAACUUCCUGUCAUUGCCACUAUCCGAAAUGCCUUUCUGCUGCUGCUGGUUGCCACGUCCACCUGUCUGUGUGGUCUGAUGGCUGUAAAUAACAGCAUCCUCGCCUUCUACUACAUCUUCGACGUUCUCUGCCUACUGCAGGGCCUGUCUGUGAUGCUGGUCUUCACUGUGUUCAACUCUGAGGUUCAGGAGGCCUGGAGAGUUGCCUGUUUGGGUAAGAAGAGCCCUGGAGAAGAGCCGCCGAGGCCGACGCAGAGCACAACUCAGAAUCCCUACCAUAAUGCAUCUCUGUUGGAGCAGAGUGGGUUGCACCGCAUCACCCUGGGAACCUCCACCGUCUCCUCUGUCAGCUCUGCCAGAGAAAAUCUGUUGGCGCGUCAGAAUCUGGAGCAAAACAUCGUCCACACCGGCGCGACUGACCUGGAUGUAGCCAUGUUCCACAGAGAUGGAGGCGGGGAUUCAGAUUCAGACUCGGACCUCUCCAUGGAUGAGGAGCGAAGUCUCUCCAUCCCUUCCUCUGAGAGCGACGACAAUGUGCGUCUGCGGGGGCGCAUCCAGCGGCGAUUCAAGCGCUCCAAUCACAGCGAGCGCCUGCUCACCGAACCCACCAACAAUGGCACCAAAGAUUUGGAUGGCAAUGACCUUCUAUCCUACUGGCCUGCUUUGGAUGAAUGUGACACCUUGCAGAAGUGGGGCUCAGAGCGCCCCCUGGGGGGGGAUUACAACAAAGACGCCGCCAACAACAACCAGCUUGACGCAGCGCACCAGCCACACAGGCACCGCAAGGGUAUCCUGAAGAAUCGCCUUGGUUGCCAACCAGCACUGCAGGGUCUCUCCACCAUGGGCCGGGUCCCUAGUGAGCUCAACUGGUACCGUACCUCCACACUCGGCCACAGAGGUGUUCCAGCAGCCUCCUACGGUCGCAUGUACUCCGCCACCGCCGGUGCUACAGGAGGCUCUGGCUCUCUCUCCCAGCCGGCUUCCCGCUACUCCUCAAGGGAGCACCUAGACUCGCUUGCCAGGAGGCAGCUGUCCAGAGAUCCCCUCGGAAGACAGACAGUCGGGGGGUCGAGAGAGCGUCUGGACUCCCGCGGCUCCAGGGAUAACCUGGAUCUUCUUCCCAGGAGGAGGGAACUAGGAUUGGGACUAGGGGUGGGGCUCGGGGGCUUGGAUCACCAACGAGUCUCAUUGUCCAGGGAAAACUUGUCAGGAUCCAGGGACCGACUGGACAACCAUCACACCGCCAGCUUCCAUGCGUCAAGGGAGGACUUGAGUGGGAAUGGAGGAGCUGUAGGAGCUGGGAUGGAGGGAUACCUCAGUGGUUCCAGGUCCCAGUUGAACACAUUAACUCGGCGGCAGGCCUCGUCGCGAGAGCACCUCGGAGGAGCUCUGAUGAGCAGUAGGUCGAGGGAGCAGUUGGAGGCCAAUGGGGUGGGAGCUCAGGCUCAGCCUUGUCGGGAGUGGCUCCGCAGUCUACCCCCCCGGCAGCCCUCACACCCCGACCAGCCUCUGUCCGCCUCUCCUCCUCCGCCAAUCUCAGAGGAGCCACAACAAGAACAGCUACCUCCUCCAGCUCAUGUCAGAGGACGCCUGGACUCUGCACCUUCAUGUAGGUACCCUGGUCAGACUGUCCCCCAGCUUGCAGGUUCAAAUCCAAACCCUCUGGUCCGACAGCCGUCCAGUGAACAGCUGGACAUUUUAUCCUCCAUCCUGGCAUCCUUCAGUUCCUCUGUCCUUACUCCUCCUGCUGCCUCUAACCCCGGCCCUAAUGGCUCUGUCCACGGACCCUCCCCCUCCCCACCCCAGUCUACCACUCACAGCAUAUCCGAAGUCUCUCCCGAUUCAGAAGCCCACAGGAGCGAGGGACAGUCUUGAUGACAGCCUCCACACCCAUUAAUGCAUUGCAACAGCGCUGGAACAAAGCUCAGAGGUCAAGUAUGGGCCUGAACUAAAUGGACACCCUGGGAAGAAGAAACAGAAUUGACUCAAAGGAGACGGAAAAGAUGAGAAGGCAAAAAGAAACUUUACAGACAAAAGAGAGAGUCUGUGGCAAAAGAAGUUUGUGAGUGGGUCAUUUUGUGUAUAUCGAGUUUUUAAGUCCCACUGCUCUCGAUCUAUUGUUCCACGGACGUUGAAUAAACCACCUAAUUCUACUACCUAAGAACAGUUAGACAAAAAAUAAAAUUACAGACAAAAAAAAAUCUUCAGAUGUUACACACACAUACACACGACCUAAGUCCACCCAGACCUGUCAAAACAGAAGAAGAAAAGUGUCUGUAAAUAGCCUUUUUAUACAUUUUUUAUCUUUUUCAUUGAAGGUGAAAAAAAUAUCUUGUGAAGUUUCUUUUUCUUUUUUUUUUACGCAAUCGUGUCCGUGUGUGAGGUUGUGAAAAAGGGUGAAGCGAGUGCUGUCUUGUGUGUUGCCAAUGGAAGAAAUUUCCUCUACAAAGUAAAAAAUAAAAAAUGAAAAAAUAAAAAAAUGAAAAAAAAUUUCUCCCCAGAAAUACAUUUUCCUCAGAAUGUUGUCCUCAAACCUUUGAAGUUCAUGUAAAGCGGCAGGGGUCCGGCAAUAGAGUGACGAGAUUAUGGAAAGACUCGGUUGAUAGGGUAAUAUCAAAGUAUCGAAAAGUGAUUGUAAACAGAGGAAGGAAUUAUUAUAGGAGAGGAGAGCUGAUGGAGCAAGAUGAUUGUGCAAAGAAAGAUUGCUAACAACACAUUAGAUUCAAAGAUGGUUGCCUAACUACUAAAACUCAGUGACAUGUGUCUUUUUUUUUUU